AUGAAGUCGUUCAUUGUGCCACUCGUUUUUGUUCUAGCUAACAUCGCACCGGCUCUUGCCACUCCUCCAGCAUGUCUAUUGGCAUGUGCUGCCGAAGUUGUGAAGAGCUCUUCCCAAUGUUCGUCGUUGAAUCAAAUUGCCUGUGUUUGCAGCAAUGAGUCCUCUGAGAUGUCUUCUUGUUUGAAAUCCAAGUGCGGCAGCAAUGCGGACACCGCUGCAAACUCUUUCUCGAGCGUUUGCAAAUCCGUCGGCGCCAGCGUCAGCUCCAGCUCCUCGAGCAAGGCCUCUUCAUCAAGUGCCGCAAGCUCCUCGAGCAAGGCGUCCAGCACUGUCUCCAGCACCGCUGCUUCAUCCAGCACUGCUGCUCCAUCAUCUUCCUCAUCCGUUGUGUCUUCCGUUGUGUCUUCCUCUGUCGCGGCUGCUUCAUCGGCUGCCCCAUCCACUUCGGCAUCCAGCUCGGUUUCCGUUGCCGAGCAGUCCAGCUCUUCCUCCACCUUGGCCACUUCUUCCGUUUCAUCCUCGUCCGCUGCCGCUCCAUCGUCGUCCAUUGACGUGCAGGUCUCUGCGGGCGCCCCGGCUCUCGUUGCCAAUGCCGCCGGCCUCGGCCUCGGUGUCUUGAUCGGUCUUCUUUAG